ACCCAUUGAUCCUCCUAUCACCUCCCUCCACGAUCGCCCCUCCUUCCCUCCCCCCACUUGCAUCCUCGACGACCCUCCGCUCAACGGCUGGCAAUACAAAACACUAACUCGAUCCUUUCCCAACUCCGCACCCGUCCUUUCACGCAGGGGCACGCUUUUUGCUCUGUAAUAGAUAGACACCUUCCCGCCCCCCGCGCUCGCCACGACCGAUUAUCGAUAAUGUCCGACCCGCGCCAGCUCCCGCCCGACGUGACGGACCCGAACUACAAGCCGCUGUCCGGGCGGAUAGGCAACCUGACGGAGGCGCAGUACGAGGCGCUGGUGCAGUUCAAGAAGGAGCUCCAAGAUGAGGGCGUGUUCGUGCCCGAGCGGAUGGACGACGCUACGCUGCUGCGGUUUUUGAGGGCGAGGCAGUUCGACGUGCCCAAUGCGAAGGCCAUGCUCGUCAACGCGGAGAAGUGGAGAAGGGAGUUUGGCGUCGACGAGCUCGUCAAGACGUUCGACUUCAAGGAACAGGCACAGGUCGACAAGUACUACCCGCAGUAUUAUCACAAGAUGGACAAGGACGGCCGGCCGCUCUACGUGCAGCAGCUCGGCAAGCUCGACGUCAAGGCGCUCUACGCGAUCACGACGCCGGAGCGGAUGCUGCAGCGGCUCGUGUGCGAGUACGAAAAGUACCUGACCGAGCGGCUGCCCGCGUGCUCCAAGGCGGUCGGGCACCCGGUCGAGACGACGUGCACGAUCAUGGACCUCCAGAACGUCUCGCUCUCGUCCUUCUACCGCGUCAAGGACUACGUGAACGCGGCGUCGACCAUCGGCCAGAACUACUACCCGGAGUGCAUGGGCAAGUUCUUCAUCAUCAACGCCCCCUGGGGGUUCAGCACCGUCUGGGGGUUCAUCAAGCCCUGGCUCGACCCCGUCACGGUGUCCAAGAUCGAUAUACUCGGGAGCGGAUACAAGGACAGGCUGCUCGCGCAGGUGCCGGCGGAGAAUCUGCCGAAGGAGUUUGGAGGGCGGUGCCACUUACCCCGUUCAGGCCCGCUGGUGUCCGAGACGCCCACAUACACCGCGCGGGCGGAAGACGACCUCGAGAACCCGAACGCCAACCUCGGGUACCGCGACCCGGACCCGUCCUCGACGCUGCACCCCGCCGCGCCGCGCGUGGGCGUGAACCCGGACGGGAACGAGACGUUCGCGAGCCACGACGGCGGCGAUCCGCUGGACGCCGACCUCGACGCGGACGACGUGCACCGCGCGGGCGGGGUGGACACCGAUAACUUCGCCCCGGUGGGCGCGGACAGCACCGAAUACGAGGAAUAUUCGCGGGAGACGCAUCCGGAGGACGACGACGAGCGGUUCGGGGAGGAGCUGGACGACGAGCUGGGCGGGACGGGGGUAGGGCUGUCGGGCGAAGAACCGGCGGUGGUAGCGGACUACGACGAGCCCGUGGAUACGACACAGACGGACGCGAUACUCGAGCUAUGAAAACCGAAUGAAUUCCAUCCGCAUGGCGGUUUCACCACAGAGUUGGUCAUUCUGCGCACGCCGUGCGCCGUGUUGGGACCGUCAAACGUCCAGAGUGAGAAAGGAUUAGUCGUAAGAGGAUAUACAUGAGAGCUCGCAGAACCUCUACUUCUCCUCCUGCCUUUGCUGAUCUUCUUGCUCCUGCUGCAAGCUCAUCUGGAUCGCGCGCUCGAUCUCCGCCGCCUCGUCCAUGUCCUCGUCGUCGUCCUCACCCUCGCCUUCGCCCUCCAUGUCGGCAUCACCUUCCUGCUGUGACAUUGCGAGAGCUUUCUGCAGCAUCGCCUCUUCCUCGUCGUCCGUCGGGUCUGCCGGUGCGGCGGUGGUGGCUGAAGCUGCGGCGGCAGGCGCUGGCGAUGCUGCAGCGGCGGGUGCCGAAGGUGCGGAUGCUUGUGCGGCAGCCUCGCGCGCUUGAUGCUCUUCCAUAGACAUUCGUAACGCCAUGGCCAGCUCGGGAUCCAAACUGGGGUCCACGCCGAACUCGAAGUUCUCGCCGCCGCCGGUCGCUCCGGAUGGGCCAGCGGCACCUUCCCGGAGCUCGGGCGGGAUGCCCGCGCCCGCGUCUUCCGCCAGGAUGGGUGACCGGAGGACCAUCUCCGACAGCAAGUUGGCGCUCGGCGGUGCCGAGACGAAGUGUCUAAAACGUCCGGAUCUGGUCACCUUCUGGAUGCCAUCGGGAUGAUCCGAUACGAAAGAAAAAGAUGGCCCGGCCCCCACCACUCACGAGUUGUCGCCGCUGUUCGCGGCGUCCACGAACGCCUUGAGCACGCCGCCGCCUUCGCCUUCCUCGAUCCCGUCCCCGAACGCGACGACGUCGACCGCGACGUUGUUCUUCUUCAGCUUCUUCGCGAGCCGGACCAUCGCGCGCUCGUCCGCGCCCUGGCCGACGAGCGGCGAGCCGACGAAGACGAUGAUCCGCUGCCGCAGGUUCUUGUUCUGCCGGUGCUUGAGCGCGAGCUGGGCGAUCGAGAUCGCGGUCGGGAUGUCGGCGUCGCCGUAGAUCUUGGCGCCGGCGGCGUGCGUCGCCGAGAGGAUCUGGCCGAGGUCUUUGGUGUGCGUGACGAGCACUUCUGGUCCUUUCCCGGCCAUGGUCAUCACGCCGACGGUGUUCUCCGGGUUGGAGUCGAUCUUGGUCUGGAAGACGGUGGUGACCGCGUCCGACUGGGCCUCGUACCGGGAAGGCUGGUAGUCGCCGUUCCGCAUGUACUCCGAGUUGUCGAUGAUCAUCAUCGUCGCUUCUAACGGCAUAUUGUCCGUCCCUCCUUCGUCCCGGUUUUAUCGUCAAGUCAAUAAAGAUCGCCCCGAGGAAUGGCAACGAAGCUCCAAGAACUGGCCGUUCAGCAGAAAGUGGCGGAGAAACGCGUACGCGUCCAAAGCAGCGAGGUAAUGGUGGCUGUGCUGUUAGACGACCCCUUUCAUACGGGGGGAGAGAGGACCCCCGAUACAUUCCGGUUGUCGCUCGUCUUCGCCGACGCUGUUCCCCGACACCCCGACUCAGGCCGCAAGUCAUGGCCGCCUCUACCACCGCCUCACAAACCGAGCUCAAAGCCGCACGUACGCCAAUUGCCUGGCGGGAUCAGUGCUCCGCGCUCUUGCUCCCAUUGAACGUGUGCAGGAAGCAGACCAACUACAUGCCGUGGCACUGUGAGGACGAGAGGCACGUAUACGAGAAAUGCCAAUACGACGACUACGUCCGACGCAUGAAGGAGCUAUCCAAGCGGAAACGUGCAGCGGCGCACGCAGACGAGUAGACGCUGGCUGCGGCCAUUGCCGUAUACGGUGUAACCAGCCUUUUGUCCUAGAUGCAUAAACCAC